AGUCAGUUAGACGACACACGGCUUGAUUCGAGGGAAACAAAUCGAACCCCCCUGAACGCAAUUCGUAUGCAUGCCAACCAUCGUCGCACCGAUCCCCAAAAUCCUGCCUGCCUGCGUGCGUUCGAGCGGCGAGCCCGCGGCGUGGCUCGCGUGCGCCCCGACCGACGGACGCGCCGCUGGGGCGCUGCCACGCCACGUUACAAAACUUUCUUCCAUCCAAAUAAAACGCGCUCCCUCCCUCGCCCACGAACCCAUCUCCCAAGCACCAGACAGAACCGCCGCCCCGAGCCGAGCCGAGCAGAGCAGAGCAGAGCAUGGGCGCACCCACCUCGCCGGCGCCGGCCAGCGCGUCCCCGCCGCGCGACAAGCCGGCGGCCGACGCCUCCCCCACGCCCGCCGACCCGCCGACGCCGCUGACAGGCCUGCUGCGGCUGCGCUGCGGCGUGCAGCACUACGCGUGGGGCCGGCGCGGGGGCGCGUCCCUCGUCGCGCGCCUCUCCGGCGCCGCCGGCCCCGACCCGGACCUCCCGUUCGCCGAGCUCUGGAUGGGCACGCACCCGGCCGCGCCUUCCGCCGUCCUCCCCGCCGGCGAAGAGCCCCUCGGCGCCUGGCUCGCGCGCAACCCCGCCGCCCUCGGCCCCGCCGUCGCCGCGCGCUGGGCCGGCGACCUCCCGUUCCUCUUCAAGGUGCUGUCGGUGGCGAAGCCGCUGUCGAUCCAGGCGCACCCGGACAAGUCGCUGGCGGAGCUGCUGCACGCCAUGCGGCCGGCCACGUACCGGGACGCCAACCACAAGCCGGAGAUGGCCAUCGCCGUCACCGACUUCCGCGCGCUCUUCGGCUUCGCCGGCAUCGAGGAGCUCAAGGAUGUUAUAAGGACUGUACCUGAAGUCGGAGGGCUGAUUGGACAUGAAGACGCUGACAAGCUUAUGACUGUAAAAGAGUAUCAUGGGGGUAAUGAUGUAAAAUCCAGUCUGCAAUCAGCAUUCGCUAAGCUAAUGACAGCAAGUAAAGAAGCAGUUUCCGAAGCAGUUAAUAAAUUGAAGGGUCGCCUGAAUGAUGAGAGCAAGAUUCGGACGUUAACAGAGAAGGAAGAGCUUGUUCUGUCUCUGGAGAGGCAGUAUCCAGAAGAUGUAGGUGUUCUAGCCGCACUUCUUUUCAACUAUGUCAAGCUCAGUCCUGGUGAAGCAAUCUAUAUCGGUGCCAAUGAACCACACGCAUACCUGUCCGGGGAAUGCAUCGAGUGUAUGGCUACUUCAGAUAAUGUCGUUCGCGCUGGUUUGACACCUAAAUACAGAGAUGUGCAGACGCUUUGCUCAAUGCUAACAUACAAGCAGAUCUUCCCUGAAAUACUGAGAGGGGUACCCGUGCAGCCAUACGUACGACGCUACACGCCUCCGACCGACGAGUUUGAGGUCGACUGUUGCUUGCUACCUCCAGGCGAAGUGGCUGUGAUGGCCCCGGUACCAGGUCCAUCCAUCUUCCUUGUCAUGACCGGGGAGGGCGAGGUUCAGAUAGACUGCAUGUCAGACGGCGAGAAGGCGAAGGAAGGUGACGUUUUCUUCGUGCCCGCGCAUACCGAGGUUAAGCUCUCCGCAUGUGGCCAUGCGUCGAUGCAGCUGUACAGAGCCGGGGUGAACGGCAGAGCCUUGUAUGCCGGCAACGCUGCUGCUGCAGGGAAGAGGUCCCAGCUGCAGAACAUAUGCGAAAUGGCGAGUUAGCUGGAGCGCCGAUAAUAUCAUAUACUGUAUAGGCUUAUAAUCGAUGGAAGUGCCGUCGGAUGGACGAGUAAUAAGGUCCUUGUUGUCAAGGCCCCUUGCAUAUAGGUCUUCUGCAUGCUUUGCUCUCUGCUGUUAGAGUACCAGGUACAAAUUAACUGAUGGAGGUUGUAGUGUAUGUUAAGUUCAUGUCGUUCUGUUAAUAAAAAGGUUCCAUUUGUUC